ACCCCGCCAGCACCCCAUCCUGUCUGUCCCUUCCAGACGCAGAGCUCACUCCUUCCUGCACACCCCGAGGAAACCUCUCUCUCCCAACAUGGCCAACAAAGGUCCUUCCUAUGGCAUGAGCCGUGAAGUGCAAUCCAAAAUCGAGAAGAAGUAUGAUGAGGAGCUGGAGGAGCGGCUGGUGGAGUGGAUCAUAGUGCAGUGUGGCCCCGAUGUGGGUCGUCCAGACCGUGGGCGCCUGGGCUUCCAGGUCUGGCUGAAGAACGGCGUGAUUCUGAGCAAGUUGGUGAACAGCUUGUAUCCUGACGGUUCCAAGCCAGUGAAGGUGCCUGAGAACCCACCCUCCAUGGUCUUCAAGCAAAUGGAACAGGUGGCGCAAUUCCUGAAAGCAGCUGAGGACUAUGGGGUCACCAAGACGGACAUGUUCCAGACAGUUGACCUCUUUGAAGGCAAAGAUAUGGCUGCUGUGCAGAGGACCCUGAUGGCGCUGGGGAGCCUGGCAGUGACCAAGAAUGAUGGCCACUACCGUGGCGAUCCCAACUGGUUUAUGAAGAAAGCCCAGGAGCAUAAGAGGGAAUUCACAGAGAGCCAGCUGCAGGAGGGAAAGCAUGUCAUUGGUCUACAGAUGGGCAGCAAUAGAGGGGCCUCCCAGGCUGGAAUGACAGGCUACGGACGACCUCGGCAGAUCAUCAGUUAGAGGGGGCCUGCCCGAGCCACAGCCCUCCCAGCUCCCUGGCCUCUGCCAUGCCGCCUUCCUGCCAGCUCACCCACACUGCAUAGCUCCUUCAGCCCAGCCAAGCUUCCAGGCCUGUCACUGAGCAAAAGUGACCGCUCUUGGACAGCUCCUCCCACCUCUCAGCCCAACUUCUUAUCCCUCCACUCCUCCCAGCUACCCUCCACCUCUGCUGUCUCCCCAGCGUGGGCUGAGCAGGGGUGAAGGGCUGGGGGCAGCCUGGUGGGGGGCAAGCCCAUUGUCUUCGGCAGCAAAUGUCCCCCCGAAGGUCACCCAGCCCAACCUCCCCCCUUUUUUGCUGGAAUAUUUUGGGGGUUGAAAUUCAGAAAAAAAAUAUAGACAUCAAUUUUUCUCA